GGGGGGGUGUGUGUGGGAGGGGCUGACCACAGUCCAGUGGUUGUCAGUACAGAGUGGUCAGAGGUUGAAGAUGAGCUCUGUGCCGGACUGGGUGUUGAUCUCGCUGAUUGCGGCGCUCAUCGCCCUCCUCCUGCUUACUCUCUUCGGAUUGGCCGUCUAUUCGGGGCUGUUGACCGAGGUGGAGGUGAGGGCGGGGCCGCCGCCGAUCCGCGGGGUGGUGGUCGCCUACAAGUUCCGCGUGGGACCGUACGACGAGAGCGGAAACCUUUAUACGGAGAGUGUCAGCCUGGCGCCAAAACUGGUCUCCGUCGGGGUCUACUAUGACAACCCCAUGAAGGUUCCGGUGGAGUUCUGCAGGUACAUAGUGGGCAGUAUCCUGAGCGAAGGCGAUGAGAAGCCGCUGCCGGAUCACGUCCGGAUAUUCCGCAAACACGGCUUCAAGUUCUGCGUCCUGCCGGAGGUGAACCAUGCGGUGAUGGCCACCUUCCCGUACACCACGCCCUUCUCCAUCCAGCUCGCCACCACGCGGGUGCACCCUGCGCUGGAGCGCUACGUCAAGGAGAGGAAGCUCUGUGCUCACCCCUACGUGGAGAUCUACAAGGGAGAUAAAAUCAUCUUCAUGUGCCCUCUGGCCCGACAAGACGACUUCUACGUCCCGGAAAUGAAGGAGCUCAUGCGGAAGGAGAGAGGCGAGCCGCCACCACUUGAGACUACAGAUUCGGAGUUGGACCCCCUCUUGCUGGACGAUCAGCUGAGCCUGGAGUUGGUGUCGGAGAAUCAGGAGAGCGAAACCGUCCAACAGAAAGAUCAGACGGACAGCGAGAAGAGCGAGAAGAGUCCCAGCGAAUCGGGGGCCAGCGCCUCCUCCUUCGAAGAGCUGGACUUGGACGGCCAGGCGGCGGCGGGGGCGGGGGCAAAGAGUCAGCCGGACAGCCAGGCGGUGUGGAGUAAAAUGCCGGACACGUGGGACAAGGAGAGUCCCGAGGAAUGAGAGAGAGACUGCGGCUGUGCCGGACUCUGUAGAUCUCCUCAGGAAUAGUUAGCCAGCUUUAACGUUUCAUCCGCUUAGUUUACACAUCAGAAGCACAGAAAUCUUUUCAUAUUUAUUUAUAAAGAAGCGACUUUUAUUUUUCUUUGAGAAGGGAAUUCGCUGCAGUCUAGGGACCCGACAGAUCCGGGGUCUCCAAAUAUAUAAGCAAGGGGAACUGUCCUUCAUAGGGGGGGCCGGACUAUGGCCAGCGGGGGUAGAAAAGGUCCUGGUGUCAGUGGGAGGGGAACAAUGCCCUAUUUUUGAUAUUGGAGAAAUAGUGUCCCAUCAUUGGUGUCAGUGGGGGGAAUAGUGUACCAUCAUUGGUGUCAGUGGGAGGAAUAGUG